CAAAGAGAAAAACGGAAAUAACGACAAUAACGGGAAACAAAGAAAUAAAAGGCAAAAGGUGGGAGCGGGUCAAACCGAAUCCUCUCCCUCCAUACUUGUCUCUUUCUCUUCUCUGUCUUGUUGGGAUUUCCUCUGCUCCUCCAUAGAAUCCAGAUCACACCGCUGUCGUCCAUUUCAAGAUGAUUACAAUCCCUUACCUUACCGCCUUGACCACCUACUUCAGCUACGGCCUUCUCUUUGCAUUCGGCCAGCUGCGCGAUUUUUUUCGGAAGAUUUUCGAUUGGUGGUCCCAUAACAGCCUUGAGGGGUAUGCGCCCAUCUGUUUGGGGCUCGAGGAUUUCUACAUUCGGCGAUUGUAUUUGAGAAUUCAGGAUUGCUUUAACCGGCCAAUAUGUAGCUCUCCUGAUGCUUGGUUUGAUGUGGUGGAGCGUAUCUCCAAUGACUAUAACAAAACGUUAAAGCGAACCACAAGAGUCGACAGAUGCCUCAACUUGGGAUCAUAUAACUACCUAGGAUUUGCUGCAGCAGAUGAAUACUGCACACCUCGUGUUAUUGAGUCCUUGAAGAAAUUUUCUGCGAGCACCUGCAGUACCCGAGUUGAUGGAGGCACAACAACACUGCAUGCUGAAUUAGAAGAGUGUGUAGCAAAUUUUGUGGGAAAACCGGCUGCUGUAGUAUUUGGCAUGGGUUAUGCAACAAAUUCCGCCAUUCUUCCUGUAUUAAUUGGGAAGGGAGGCUUGAUAAUCAGUGAUUCUCUGAACCAUAACUCUAUAGUUAAUGGUGCUCGAGGAUCUGGGGCAACUAUUCGAGUUUUUCAGCAUAAUACACCGUCCCACUUGGAGAAAGUUCUAAGGGAACAAAUUGCUGAGGGACAGCCCAGAACACACAGACCAUGGAAAAAGAUAAUUGUUGUAGUGGAGGGAAUCUACAGCAUGGAAGGGGAACUGUGCCAGCUUCCUGAAAUUGUUUCCAUAUGCAAGAAAUACAGGGCUUAUAUUUAUCUGGAUGAGGCUCACAGCAUUGGAGCUGUUGGAAAAUCUGGAAGGGGUGUUUGUGACCUCCUAGGUGUUGAUACUGCUGACAUAGAUAUUAUGAUGGGAACUUUCACUAAAUCAUUUGGAUCAUGCGGUGGUUAUAUUGCGGGAUCUAAGGAACUUAUUGAAUACUUGAAGCACAACUGCCCUGCUCAUCUUUAUGCAACAUCAAUAUCGCCACCAGCUGCACAACAAAUCAUGUCUUCCAUUAAGGUUAUUCUUGGAGAAGAUGGUUCUAGCAGAGGGGCUCAGAAACUAGCACGGAUUCGGGAAAAUAGCAACUUUUUUCGGUCAGAAUUGCAGAAAAUGGGCUUUGAGGUUCUGGGUGAUAACGACUCCCCUGUAAUGCCCAUAAUGCUCUACAACCCUGCAAAAAUUCCUGCAUUUUCACGAGAGUGCCUCAAACGGAAUGUUGCUGUUGUGACGGUGGCUUUUCCAGCCACCCCUUUACUGUUAGCCCGUGCUCGGAUUUGCAUUUCUGCUGCUCAUACAAGAGAAGACCUUACUAAAGCUUUGGAGGUAAUCAGCAGGGUUGGUGACAUGGUAGGUGUAAAAUACUUCCCUGCCGAGCCUAAGAAACAGCAGCUGGAGGGAGAAGGAAUUAAGAUGGACUGAGGAGAUAUCUUUCCAAGAGAUUCCAAGAUCUCCAAGAAGCAGGUUUAGAAUGGUCACCAUCAGGAUUUAAUCGAUAGCAUGCUAUGCCAAUUCCAGUGGUUAUAGAUGUGAAUUGCAAGCUGUGAAGUUUCAUUUAGUUUAAUUCGUAUACGGGAAGUUGUGGUCUAUCCAAGUGGUAAGUUGCUAACACGACAUCGAGAAAUGCAUCUCUGUAACUGUGUAUGUUGUCAAGUUUUCCCAUAAGGUUGUGGUCCAUUCUGGUCUAUCUUCUUUGUUUUUUGCAGUGGCCUAAAUACUGUGGGAACUUGUAUGGAAUUGGUUGCCAUAAAAAUACAUUUACUCUGUUGUAGCUACAGUCUAGAGCAGGCUGGAUUUCACAACUUAAGUCCAGCAGUGUAAUUCAUAUGCUGCAGGCCUCUCUAACCCCAGUUCCGUUCCUUCUGAACUUGUAUGUACUUCGAAUACUAAACAUUUUCAGACGCCAAGUUUAAUUACUAUGCGUCCUAUUUGAUAUUAUGACAUAUAAUUUUACA